AUGUCGGAGACAGUUGGGCGGGCCCAUCUGACGCGGCAGGCACUUUCCCCUGAAAAGUUAUCAGUCCUUGGAAGGAUCUGCGAGAGAUUGCAUCAUUUGGUAUCACCUGUCAACGAUUAUGGCCUCGAGAUACUGGAGGCGGCGAGCAAAGCUAUUCAACAGCACGGCUCAGAAACCCAUUCCCUGGCCGCUGCAAUGGUAAAAUCUGGAUUUGAGGCGACGAUUCGGAGCGCCCGAUCUGAAACAUCCCGCGGGGAGCAGGUGUCAAUGUCCCUCCGCCAUGCUUUCAUCCUGGUUCGCGGCACCGGCGAAUUCCGCGGCAUGGAAUUCAUCGUGGAGCCCUCCCUGCGGCAGCACUUCUCCAUCCCGCACCCCUCACCCGAGUACGACUACGUGUUGAGCCGUACACCCGACGUGUUCGUGGGGGGUAGCUGCCGUCUGGUGCCGGUGGUGCAGCUGCUGUGUGCGCUCAUGGCCGACUCCUUCCAGCGACAGGGCCUGCCCUUGCCACCCUGGCGCACGGAAACGGCAAUGAUGAGCAAUCUGUCGGGCAGUUUUGACGACCCUAACUCAACCGCAAUACGGAGCUGCGUCAAGGGUUGCCCGGUGACGCCUGAGAUCCACAGGAACCUCUGGGAACGCAAGCUUGCCGGUUGUGGCCGCGGUCGCGGCCCCGGCUUUUCAAGGCUGCCGAUCGCCGCCGCCGCCGGCGGCACCGCCACCGCGCCGCUCAACAUCGGUCGCGCCGUCGCCGUCGAAGGCUCCUUCGUCGCCAGGGGGUUUAACUCCGGCUUCGGAGAAAAGUCCGAUGCACGAACAGAUGUCGUACGAGAGGCACUUGCCGGUCCGGCCGCCGGUGGUCGGCUUUUAGCAGGCAAGCUGCAUGAUGCUCGCUCGGCGGACGUCGGGUCCGGCUGUCGUACAUGGACUGAUGCCCGGAUGAGUGGAUACUACGUACGAGACACCGGCGCCAAUGCGGCCAACGUCGCUGCCAAUGCCGCGGUCGUCAAGACUGCCGCCACCGCUGCAGCCGCAGCCCGGUCUGAGCCAAGGACCCGAUUGCGCAACGUUUCGCUCCUGACUACUCAAUUAACGAAAGCUCCAGGGCAUCAGCUGUCGGCGGUGGCUGAGGUGAAUACUUAG